GAUCUUCUUCCUCUUUCAGUGGCGCGAUGUCUUUCCUGACUAGAAAGGUGGUAUCUCGAUAAAAAUUCGAGGUGCUUUGCGUUGACGUGGUGGUAUGCAUUCCGGAUGCUCGUGGUAACGUCCCUGAAUAUUUAGAAACGUGAACAUUGUGUGGCGCUGCUCAAGACACUUCCAGUACCGCUGAUUUUCCGUAACGAUUCGUCACUAUGGCGAGAGAUUACGAUCAUCUCUUCAAGUUACUCAUCAUCGGAGAUAGUGGAGUUGGGAAGAGCUCACUUUUGCUUCGCUUUGCCGAUAAUACCUUUCACGGAAACUACAUUUCCACCAUCGGAGUUGAUUUCAAAAUACGUACUGUCGAAGUCGACGGCGAGAAGAUCAAACUGCAGAUCUGGGAUACUGCUGGACAAGAGCGUUUCCGAACGAUUACGUCGACAUAUUAUCGAGGAACACACGGUGUAAUAGUUGUGUACGACGUGACGAGUGGAGAAACAUUUGCUAAUGUGAAACGAUGGCUGCAUGAAAUAGACACAAAUUGUGAAUUCGUGAAUCGAAUAUUAGUUGGUAACAAAAACGAUGAUCCUACGCGGAAAGUGGUGUUGAAGGAAGACGCGAGAAGGUUUGCUGAUCAAAUGGGCAUUCAGCUGUUUGAAACGUCCGCCAAGGAUAACAUCAAUGUGGAGGAGAUGUUCAACGCGAUUACCCGACAAGUGUUGCGCAUGAAAAAGGAAGAGUCAGAAAAAACAGUGCAAAGCAACGAAACGGUGAACCUUCGCCGCGGUGGCAAGCAUUCGGCAUUGAAAAAAGGGAAAUGCUGCUAACGAAUUAUUUUUCGUUCGCUUCCGUCAUGCUCUUCUGUCUCCGCAAUGUGAUUUUUUAAACCCCUUCUGUUCGUAAGCCGUAGAAAACGCUUUGUGGGUAAUCGCUUUGUUGGGUGCUCCCAUCAGUGUUUAAAGUUCUUUGCCUCGCCGGAAAAUAUUUAUUGGAUAUCUCGCAUGAUAUUAAAAUAGCAAGCAACGAAUGGAAUACUUUUUUUGUACUUGUCUGAGAAAUAUCAUUCUGUUGGUUGAGUCCCACGUACUGGUUUUCGAGGACUUCUUCGAUGCCGAAGAAUGUGAGAGUUCGUAUUUCGCGUAUGUUAGGCACAUCGUACAAAGUAACUGAUGUAAAACACUGAUGGGAGUGUAAGAGUGGUGAAUUUCUGUCAGACCAAGCUUUCUGAUCUGCGUCUCGCCAAUGAAGGCGGUUGAUGGCAUUCCGAUACGACCCGGGGAAGAACAUGAUCGGUCUAGUCAAGUAAUUUCUUGUCCCUUCUGUAGGAUAUCGCGUUCGUGUUUUUGGGAAUGUUAGACUUGAUAGCUGAGGUCGAAAACCGUCUUCAAUGAACUAUAAAAACGUGAAUCGGAGUAGUUUCGAGUUCAUCAUGGGUUGAAUUUUCGACGAAUCUUCCGCUCGUCGCGGUGGUUUGGACCAAUACGGAAGUAGUUCCUUUUACUUGACUUCUUCCGGAACGAGAAGACACUUCCUCGUUUAUACCCAUGAAUGCGCGGUUGUUCACACUUGAGCACUUGACAGGUAGAAGGGAUUUAGUUAGUUUUCCGGGUAAUCGGAAAAUUUUCUUUCCUGAUGGUUGCAGCGCUUUCUUACACGCAAGAAAUCGAGUCUGAUUCCCGAAAAUAGGAAUACGACAAGGGAUUGCAUGGUCGUAUUUUUUAAAAUCGGAUGGAAUGAGAAGCAUGGGCGUGUGUAGUAAGCAAUUUUUAUUUUGCACUCCUUUCGUAUGAAGUGAAAUACUCGAAGGAGGAAGGAAGGAAGAAACGCACCGAAAAAUUGGACGGGUUCGUUUAGGCUGGGGUGUCCUAAAGGUAUGGCGAGUUUGAUUUGAUUGGAUCGUUCGUCCGCUUUGAAUUCUUGCGUCACUCAUGUGAGUAGUUGUGGAUUUUUAUUUUUUGGACUCUGCGAACAGUAGUUUGAACUCUUCGAGUGUAUACUCCCAUUUUAUGUUGUGAAGUCAUUUGAUUUAAAUUACUGUCCGACAUUAAUCCUAGCUUACUUAACUCGAUCGGAUUCAAGUGCUAAUUACUAGAAUAAUAUAUCAUUUUCAACAUAAUUGAAAUACAGUAUGUUUUUGAAUAGUCAGCGGAUUCUACGCUCCAGAUCAGCUAGCUUCUGCUUCGCGCUGCGAUUAGUAUGAAACUGGACUAGGAUGGAGGCUUCAACUGUACCCAGGAAACGUAGAAUGACCAAAAUAUUACUUUUCGGUGAAUAUUUUUUAAUCAUUAUUUUUAUCUAGUUAGGUGGAUUUAUAUUCUGCUGGUAGGUGUCGCUAGCGGUCAAAAAUCAUUUGAAUUUUACGAUGUCGUCUGAAAUUUUAUUUUUCAAUGUUUUUUUCGUGGUUGCGUAAGAGUUUUUUUUUUUUUUUUUUGCCCACGAGGUAUGCUUGGGUUCCUGAUGUAAAUUUUAUUAAUGAUGAAGACCGAAUUUUGAAAUU